AUGCACGCUCUCCAAAUUUUAAGAAGUGGAUUACGUUUACCUUUUGUUGUUGAUAGAUUAAGUAUCAGCACCACAGCCAAGAGUUUACGAAAACGAUCACCUUGUGACGUCUGCCUUUACCCAACUGACAAGAAACCGUGUUUCGACCUGCGGAAUGUAUCCAUUGAGUUCGGCAACCAAUGUCACGCGAAAUUAAUACGAUCGUUCCUCUACACUCACUUCUGGCCUCGGGAGCCCAGUGUCGUUGGUCUGUGGAUGUCUUUGGAAUGCCCUUACCUUGAAGUUCUGACUGAAAAGUACUCUAAUUCAGGAGAUCGGUUCUUGGCCUUUGAGCGAAUCCAACGGACAGGCGAACGGAAAUUGGCAGGUGUCUGCGUAGCUAAUACGGUCAGACCUUGGAAAAUCAAGGAAUUGGAAGAAUGGGCUCACAAUACCGACUCAAAACCGGAGAGGCACCGCAUGUAUUUCUGUGCUCACUGUUUGAAGAGCCCGAACUUAUUUGCUAAGUACAACGUUGAUUACAUCUAUGACGUCGAAGUACUGACGACCGCAGCAGAAGUGACAGGUCAGGGACUGGCCACGCUUCUACUUCGCACGGCGCUGGCUCACGCGAAUGAGCUGCGUCAUCCAUUGGUACAAACUGUAGCGGUCAGUCAGUACACAUCCAAAAUAUGCGAAAGAGUCGGGAUGCGACGGGAAUGGUCAAUGAAUUAUGCCGACUACGUGAACGACGCAGGUCAGCGCGUGUUCUUCCCCCGAAGACCACACCACACAGUCGCUGUUUACGUGAAACAUUUUGAUCCUAAAAAGGGUGGUGAGGUUCCGUGCAAGCCUCCAUAUUAA